AUGAAUAAGUUCAGCCACUUGAUUAAUAUUAUCACAAUUAUCCUUGCAAAUAACUCGUGGAGUUAUUCGGACAACUCAGCUGUUUCUUUUGCGAAUUCAUGGAGCAAAAACAAUCAAGUUAAUAUAUCAGAUUUUGGAGCUAUUCGAUCUCUUGGUGAAAACGAAAAUGAGGGAGAAACGCAAGGAGUAGGAAAAUAUGAUGCGAAUGAUGAUGAAGGUUAUGACAAGGGUCGAUAUGAUGCCUUAACACAAGAUUAUUUUGAUAUGAUGGAAGAUGACCUUAAUAGGAACAAAGAAUCUACACUAACAAUAAGUGAAAUGAUUAACAAUAUAGAUCCUAGGGCUCAAUUCAAUUAUUAUAUUAGUAGAGCGUCAACUGAUGCUUUCAGUAGACGCUCUGCAGAAUAUGCAAAACGUCUAUGGAGAAAAAUUAAAAAAGGCUUAAGAACCAUUGAUAAAAUAACAGAACGAGAAAUGUACAAUAUAUUAAAAUCGAAAUAUUUUGCUGGCUCUAACGUACUUUUAGGUCGAACUAUGACACAAAAGGUUAGAAAAUUCCUAUAUAGGUAUAAAAUAUUUUCCCCAGUUUUGAUACUUGUAUUAACGUCAUACCUCUGCACAAGCUACUUUAGCGCAACAGGAUAUGCUAUCUUCUUUGCACUAGCAGCUAUUUUCACUUCGUUUUAUCUUGCUUUCAAAUAUGUAAAGUGCUCCAUAAGACUUAGAAGAUUGUCUGAACAUAUCCCAAAACAUUACCGAAAUGAAUUCCGACGACUAAAACGCGACAUAGAAAACGAAGAACAUGACACCUUUUAUUCCACACAGAGCGUAGAUGAAUCAACGGAGAGUAUAAAUAUAUCUUAA